ACAUGGUAUCAGAGCACAAAUUGCUCUAAAACCCUAAUCAAUCCAUGGCUGCCCAAAAAGGAGACAACCAUGAGUCCAGUCAAUUGGCAACCCAGGAAAGAGAGUCGAAGAUAAACUCCUCCAUGGGCUCGGUCGGUGCAUUUGACAACUCCCCACUCCAUCUUACCGUUGAAAAAUUGAACGGUAAGAAUUACAGAGAGUGGGCACAGGCAAUCAAGCUUGUUAUUGACGGAAAGGGAAAACUAGGGUUUCUUACCGGUGAGACUCGGCGACCACCUUCUACUGAUGCAACAGCAUCCCAUAAAUGGCGGUCCUAAAACUCCUUCAUCACCUCAUGCUUGAUCAACUCCAUGAAGCUAGCCAUUGGCAAAACCUACAUGUUCCUCCCGACGACAAAGGAUGAGUGGGAUGUGAUACGGGAAACAUACUUCGAUGUCGAGAAUGCUUCCUAAAUCUUUGAACUCAAGACGCGGCUCUGGCAGAUGAAGCAAGAAGAUCGGGAAGUCACGGAACACUACACCGAGAUGUUGGGUUUGUGACAAGAACUCGAUGUCAGUUGCAAAGAGGAAUGGGAGUGCACGGGUGACAAUGUGCGAUUCAAGAAGAAGAUGAAGAACGAGAGAGUCUUCGAGUUUUUAGCGGGGUUGAAUCGCGAGCUUGACGAUGUUAGAAGUAGAGUUCUUAGUUGUUGGCUGUUGCCUUCCGUCCGAGAGGUCUUCUCUGAGGUGCAACGUGAGGAGAGUAGAAGGAAAGUGAUGUUGCGGGAACAUCUCACUUCUGUGCCCGAGGCUUUAGCACUUGUAAUCCGUGGGCCUUACGCUGGAUCUGACCUAAGAUAGUCUAAGAGGACUUAUUGUGAGCAUUGUAAGAAAACGGGCCACACUAAAGACACUUGUUGGACUUGACAUGGCAAGCCCGCAGAUUGGAAGCCUAGACAACUCAUUAAAGCCCAUAGUCAUCAAGCCUCCACCGAAACCCAGACAGACAAAACACCUACAGAAAAUCAUCAAUUAGCUUCUAAUGUGAGGUUUAAUUUUGACCAGCUUGCGAAAUUAUAUGAGCUUUUUUCUAAUUUCCAAGCCUCUGGUCAAUCUUCUACUACUCUGUCCUCUGGUUCUUUAGCCUAUAAAGGACCUAUCAUCGGGGAAGACGAUUAGCAGUGCUAAGGAAUGUGAGGGGCUAUAUUACUUCGAUGAAGCUAAUGAGGAGGAAGUGGUCAUGAACCUGCCCAUGCUGGUUUUGUGGGGGAAGGGAUGCUGACAGCAGCUAUAUGUGGAGAUGUUUUUGCCUCCCCAUCAGUUGAUUCAAUUCUAGCUGGUAUUCGAGCUGUUACUGGUCCCAUGGGUGCUCUUCUGAUUGUCAAGAAUUAUACUGGCGAUCGGUUAAAUUUUGGUUUGGCCGCCGAGGAAGCAAAAUCUGAGGGAUACAAAGUUGAGAUUGUCAUUGUUGGUGAUGAUUGUGCCUUACCACCACCUCGAGGCAUAGCAGGACGAAGAGGCUUGGCUGGGACUAUUCUUGUUCAUAAGGUUGCUGGAGCUGCUGCUGCUGCUGGCCUUUCGCUUGCUGAUGUUGCUGCAGAAGCAAGACAUGCAUCUGAAAUGGUUGGAACGAUGGGUGUUGCAUUAACUGUAUGCACACUGCCAGGUCAGGUCACAUCUGAUCGUCUGGGCCCAGGAAAGAUGGAACUUGGUCUUGGGAUUCACGGGGAACCUGGCGCAGCUGUUGCUGACCUUCAGCCUGUGGAUGUUGUGGUUUCUCAUGUUCUUAAGCAGAUUUUAUUACCGGAAACUAACUAUGUUCCGAUCACUCGAGGAAACAGAGUGGUGCUCCUCAUCAAUGGCUUAGGUGCCACCCCUGCAAUGGAACUGAUGAUUGCAGCAGGAAAAGCAGUCCCUAGAUUGCAGCUGGAACAUGGACUAGCUGUUGAUAGAGUGUAUACAGGAUCAUUUAUGACUUCUCUUGAUAUGGCAGGAUUUUCAAUUUCUGUCAUGAAGGCAGAUCAAUCAAUUUUGCAACGUUUGGAUGCUGCAACUAAGGCUCCACAUUGGCCUGUUGGUGUUGAUGGUAAUCGCCCAGCUGCCAAGAUUCCUGUUCCAAUGCCACCUUGUCGUUCAACAAAGAGUGAUGAGUCACUAAGCCGGCCUCAACUGCUGAAUGAACAAGGCUGUAUUCUUGAGGUGGCUAUUGAAGCAGCAGCAAACUCAGUUAUCAAUCUUAAGGACUGGUUAAAUGAAUGGGAUAGCAAAGCAGGUGAUGGCGACUGUGGGUCUACCAUGUUUAGAGGUGCAACAGCUAUUUUGGAGGACAUGAAAAAAUUUUAUCCUCUGAAUGACCCUGCAGAAACAGUAAAUGAAAUUGGAUCUUCUAUCAGAAGAGCUAUGGGCGGAACGAGUGGGAUCAUAUAUGAUAUAUUCUGUAAGGCGGCAUAUGCACAGCUAAAAGCAAACACCAAAACAGUUGUUACAGCAAAACAAUGGAAAGAUGCACUUGAAGCUUCCAUUGCUGCUGUCAGUAAAUAUGGAGGGGCUAGUGCAGGCUAUCGCACAAUGUUGGAUGCUCUUAUUCCAGCAUUAACCGUUCUUCAAGAGAGGUUAGAUGCUGAAGAUGACCCUGUCACUGCUUUUGUUCUUUCAUCCGAAGCAGCAUUGGAUGGGGCUGAGUCCACCAAACACAUGCAAGCACAAGCUGGCCGCUCAAGCUAUAUCUCCGGAGAGAUACUAGCAUCAGUUCCAGACCCGGGUGCCAUGGCUGCAGCGUCUUGGUACCGAGCAGCGGCCUUAGCUGUCAAGGACAAAUGCAUGGCUUCAUGAGGAGCUCUACUCCUUUUUGGUUGCGUAUUUUAACCAAGUAAAAUUUUUGCUCAUCUCAUGACUUUACAUCACCAUGUAACAAAAUUAGGGCUUCCGCUGUCAGCUCUCCGCUUAUGCAAUGUAUGCAAAACGCUGAGAGAGUAAUGCCGAGAAAGUUUCAUCCAUUCGAUCAGGCAAUGUAAAUCUGGAGAUUGUUACCCGUCAGUUGAGAACAAUGCCCGUCAAACUCUGAGCAAAUGUUUCCAGAUCUUUAUAGCUUAAUAUUUGAUCUUUCAUUUAUUAUCA